ACCUCCCCGCGAAACGGACCUUCGCCCAUAAUAUAAAUUUCUCUUGGUUUCUGCUGCUACUGUUUACGUCUGAUCAGCAGCUAUGCUUGAAUUCUUUUCUUAAAUUCUCUGUGGGCGCAGGCCUGAAUAAUAUAUUUUCAAUUUUAUUCAAUUUUUUAUGUUGUAAGAAAAUUUUCUGAUAAAAUGGCUUCUUCCCUUUUAAGGAGGACAUUUGUGGGACUUUGUUCGAUUCGGCCCUCGAUUGCUUAUUCUCAGAAGUCUCAAAUUUACAGUUCUUUCGUCAAUAUGAAUACAUUUUGCAGAAGGGUUGACCCUUCUUCUCUGGCAUCUACAACUUGUGGCUUGGUCCAUUUGGCUAUGGUUUUUUCAGCAGUUGGACCAAAAGCAACAUUUGUCACGGAAUCUGUGUCCCCUAGUGAUCCUGUUGUUUCUGUUGAUUGGCUUCAUGCUAAUCUUAGGGAUCCUGACAUCAAGGUCUUGGAUGCCUCCUGGUACAUGCCAGAUGAGCAGAGGAAUCCAAUUCAAGAGUAUCAGGUUGCACACAUUCCUGGUGCCCUUUUCUUUGAUGUGAAUGGGAUAUCAGAUCAAUCAACAAAAUUGCCACACAUGUUGCCAUCGGAGGAAGCUUUUAGUGCUGCUGUUUCUUCGCUUGGCAUCGAGAACAAAGAUGGAGUGGUUGUUUACGAUGGAAAGGGAAUAUUCAGCGCAGCUCGUGUUUGGUGGAUGUUCAGAGUAUUUGGGCAUGACAGAGUCUGUGUAUUGGAUGGAGGCUUGCCACAGUGGCGUGCUUCAGGUUUUGAUGUUGAAUCCAGUGCUUCUGGAGAUGCUAUUUUGAAAGUUAAGGCUGCCAGUGAAGCAAUAGAGAAAAUUUAUCAGGGACAGACAGUUACCCCAAUAACGUUUCAGACAAAUUUUCAGCCACAUCUUGUCUGGUCACUUGAACAGGUCAGAAAAAAUAUCGAGGACAAAGAAUACCAGCAUAUAGAUGCUCGAUCAAACGCCAGGUUUGAUGGAGCUGCACCAGAGCCUCGAAAGGGAAUAAGAAGUGGUCAUGUACCAGGAAGCAAAUGUAUUCCUUUUGUUCAGAUGUUAGAAGGUUCACAGAACCUCUUACCUCCGGAUGAGCUUAAGAAACGAUUUGAACAAGAAGGUAUCUCUCUGGAUAAACCUGUGGUCACAUCUUGCGGCACUGGUGUCACUGCUUGCAUUCUUGCACUGGGUCUCCAUCGACUUGGGAAACCUGAUGUUGCUGUUUAUGAUGGAUCUUGGUCUGAAUGGGGAGCUCAAGCUGACACACCUGUCUCCACUUCAUAGGUCAUGCAGUACUACAAAGGGUUAUUCAUGAAGUAUGCCCUAUUAUGCAGAUUUUCUUCAAACCCAAAGAAUUCAUGAUGAAGCUGGUUGUACUUAAAACGGAUCAAAUACAUCUGGGUUGCUUUUAUUUUGAAUCUGUUAUAGAACAUCAAUAUUUUUGGAGCGAGGACUGUCAAAUUUUAGAACGACUAACUGACAAAUCAGAUGUCCUUAAAAGAAUGUGAUUGAUUAAAUUAUUAGAUUCAACCUGAACUUGUAUUUUACACAUACCCAAAAAAAAAAAAAAAAGAAGAAAAAAAUUGAACUUUGUUAUGGUAGGGAACGGUUUUUGAGAUUGAAGGAAACAUGAAUCUCAGUUUUCAGU